GUACUCGCUCAAUGCAUGUGAAUACAUGCGCUAAUAUAGAAUGGCUCCGGGGAUGUUGAUGCGUGGAAUGAUACAUACAACUGGCCGGCGUGCCAUCAUAGCCUCAUUCGCUACUGCUAUAGCGUCGAUGGUUGCAUUCAAUAUGUUUUACGUUUGGCCUCGACACAGGAAAUACGAGCAGCACUUCAAGAACUAUGAUCCCUACAACCGCAUGAGGGAGAUUUGUUCUGCUGGGACCGGAAUCAUGCACACUUGUCCCAAAGAUUUGGCUUUGAGCUACGAAGAAAAGGGCAAAGAGAUUGCUCCUCUGGAGGAAUAGAUGUAUGUAGACCACUUAGUUCGAUAUUUCAAAUAGUUUGCCUUUCUUUCAUCUCGGGCGGAUUGCUCUUAUAUGUUACUUUUGUAAUGCUACCUCGAGAAGUAUCCUUUGUAUGAUGAAUCAGUGUUUCCGCUGCCGGUUCUGUAUAAA